AUGGCCGCACAACACUCUCAAGGAAUUCAGACUCUUCUAGAGGCAGAGAAAGAGGCUGCUAAGAUCGUCCAACAAGCCCGCCAAUAUCGAGUACAGAAGCUAAAGGACGCGCGUACGGAGGCCAGCAAGGAGAUAGACGAGUAUAAGAAGGUCAAGGAGGAGGAGUUCAAGGCCGUCGAAUCAUCGCACGCCGGAAUCACUUCCAGUGCACAAAGCGCGGUGGACAAGGAAACAGAGGUCAAGCUCCAGCAGAUCACUGACUCUUACAAUCAGAACAAGGAUAAAGUGGUUAAGAAACUCCUUGAUCGCGUCGUCCUCGUUAAGCCGGAACUGCACCGUAACUUAACGAAAGUUGAAUCAUAG